AGAGGUUACGUCGCUUUGUCUACGUCUGUCUGCCACUCCCCCCAGCAGGGAGCCGAAGCAGGUUGGCACCGCCUGCUGGGGGGGGGGCGGAACAGGGCCGCCGCCUGGCCCCCAGCAGCUGCCCUGAAGCAGCUCCUCCUACCACACAGCCAUGGCCCUGCUCGGUCGCCUGGGCGCCCUCCUGCAGCGGGCAGUGGCGACGGAGGAGCCCGACAUAGACCUUCUGGAAGCCUUCACGGACCACUGGAAAGGCAUCACCCACUACUAUCUGGAAACUACCGAUGAAAACAAACCAGCAAAGCAGACAGACAUCCCCUGGCAUUUAAAACAGAUGCUGGACAUCCUGGUGUAUGAGGAGAAGCAGCAGCCAUCGGAGGAGACAGGACCCUGCUUGGAGUAUUUGCUUCAGCACAAAACACUGGAGACUCUCAGUACGCUGGGGAAAGCUGAGUAUCCUCCAGGUAUGAGGUCUCAGGUGCUCCUUUUCUUCAGCCGUCUGCUGAGACAAAUGCAGUGUCCUUUGCUCCAUUACCUGAGUGUGUACCGGCCUGUCCAGAAACUCCUUCAACUGGGCCCAGAGCUUGAAAAUGAAAUGCUGCAGCUUGUUGCUGUUUUGUGUGCCAAGAUCAGACAGGAGCCUGCCUUGCUCCCCUAUGUUCUUGAGGACAAGCCUGUGGCAAAUGAGCAGAGUAUGGAUAAGCUGUUCCAACCACAGGAAGCAACAGUCGAGCUCCCAGACCCUGUGAACAAGGAGAUAGCCCCUGCAGAGCAGGGCAGGAGGCUGUGCUCAGGGGAAGAAGUUCCCUGUGAGGUGUCACAUGUGGAACCGGCCUCCCCUGCAUCAAACUUGGUGACCUCUCUGAUUUGUUUGUGCAAGAGCAAGAAGAGGAAGGUUGCUGUAAAAGCUCAAGAGAAUCUGCUGUUCCUUACCGGUAUUGAUCAUCUGACAGCUGCUCUAGCCCUGGCACGAGACAGCAGGCUGUGCCCUCUGGUGGCUGACCAUCUCUGCACCCUGUAUGAUGCCAUCCCUGCUAAUAUUGACCCUGCUAACCUUGCCAUGCUUCAGCCAGUCAAUUGGAGGUUGCAGGGUGGGGAGCACUCCUUUCUAGGACAACCAGAAAUGGAGGCUUUCUUUGCCUGGCUUGACUUUUGUGACUGCCUUGUAAAAGGUGCCUCUCCGACCAUUGCAUAUCCUGUAGCUGAAGCAGUGGCUCAGAGGCUCUUCGUGGGACAUCUUCAGCCUCAGCUUCUGCAGAUGUCGGAACAUGGCAUUCUCAUCUCGACAGCCAUUCUGACGGGCCUAGUGAGACAGAUCCAUGCUCCUGCCCUCCUCCAGGAACUGGUGACAUUCCUGCUGGGAAUUGGAAGGGAGCCAAAAGUGCUUGAGGACCCUGACCACCAUCGGCACCCCCCUCUGUGUUUCCAGCUGAUUGAGCGCUGCAACCAUCUGUGUGAUGAGAUCAGCAUUGUCACUUUAAGGUUCUUUGAGGAGCUGCUCCAGCUUCCUGACCCGCGCAUCCUACAGAAUUUGGUGUUGCACAACCUGGAGGAGCGCAGCUACAUCCUGAGAAACCCAUCUGGACAGGAAGAAUAUUGCAGCCGUGAGCAGGAGACCUAUGAGGAUGGGCUCGGAGAACUGGAAGAGGAUCCCUAUUUCGUAGAUGGAUUAUCGACUGUAGGUUUCCAAGCUUCUAGAAAGCCAGCCGUUCCUGCUCCAAGGCAGCCUGUCCAACCUGAGGAAAAGAUGGAUGUGAAGGAGGUUGUCAGCAGCUUCCUUUGCCUGGUUCCUAGCGAGGCAAAGACCUCUGCCUAUCUGGAGGAGGGAGGAUAUGACACUUACGUCCAUGAUGCUAGUGGGAUAUUUUGGGAAUGUUGUGCUAACACGUCUGACUGGAACUGGCCCCAGGCUUCUCGGCCCCUGGAAAGCUGUACUGCAGGAUGCCACUUUUAUGAGGGCCAUUUCCUGAAGGUGUUGUUUGACCGACUGGCACAGAUCCUGGAUCAGCCCUAUGGAGUCAAUCUGCAAGUGACAUCGGUACUGUCUCGCCUUGCCCUCUUUCCACAUCCUCACCUGCACGAGUACCUUCUGGACCCCUACCUGCCCCUGGCCCCAGGCUGUAGGACCCUCUUCUCAGUGCUGAUCCGGGUGAUUGGAGACCUGAUGCAGAGAAUCCAAAGGGUACCGGAUUUCCCAGCCAACUUGCUGCUGGUUCGGAAACGUUUAAUGGGCCUGGUCCCAGAAGAACAGCAGAUCAGCCACCAAAUGCUGCUGGAGGGGGUGAUCGUGCUCGAGGAAUUCUGCAAGGAGUUGGCUGCCAUUGCCUUUGUGAAGUCUGCACCAAAGGGCACCCUCUGAUGUAUGCAAACACCCAUGCUAGGAGACAGGUGCAGCUUCAAGCCACAGCCUGGAAGGGCAAAGUAGCCCUGCCUGCUACAGCCCACCACCUUCCUUGUACUCCAGGCCCCUCAAGGGCUUUCUGCUUCCAGCCAGGAGCUGGCUGAGGUGUUUGUGGCAGCUACAGGCUCUGUGAAUUUGGGAGCAUAGCAGUCACUUGCAGAGCUGCAACCAGCAGUGGCAGUUAACUUCCCCAGGGAAGAGCAGAAACUGAUAUCCUGCAGAACCCUGUCGUUGGAGACAAGGGCUGCCUCAGGAUCAAAAGGACACAAAGGGGCAAGAGCUGGCACUGACAUCAAACCAAACUACUUGAUUAAAAGGCCUCAAGCUCUGCCCCUGCCUCUUUCUGGUAUUGAGCAUUACAUGCCGCCCUCUCUGCAAUCAAGUUCUCCACCUCUCCCACAGCAAGAGUGGCCCCAACUAUUCGUUGGUCCCAAGAGUGGCGUUCAAACAGGAUGCAACUACCUCUUCUCCCUCCCAGCAUAGCUUGUCCUGCCUUAGCUGGGACAUUAAUGACUCCUGCCCUAGAGGACAUUAAUGACUCCUGCCCUGUUUUUGCAUUUUACUUCUUUCUGUUGAUGGUACAGAUUACUGAGGUGCUGCUUUUGGGAUCUGUCUUGUUUUUUUUAAUGGCCUUUGCCACUAGCUGAUAAUCUGCUCUUUCUUGCCACCCUUUCUAGUCCUGCCUCCAUAGGAAGAACGUCUCCAUUUUUUGUAUCUUGUGUUCUGUUACAAAGCAUGCAAACAUGAGCACUAAACUUUCUGAACUGAGUGGAGUGGACAGAAACUGGAGGCGGAGAAAUCACAGCAGACUAUCAAUAGGACUUCUACGCUGACAAAAUGUUCUCAAAGUGCAAUAAAUGAUUGUUAUCAGUGCCUCAAAUAAACAGCAAGCUGUGGGGGGGGGGGGGGAUCCUGCAGAAGCUGAGUUCUUAGGUCA